GGCAUCCAUGUUGGAUUUUCAAGACGUGCGUCACAAACGUCAUAUUUUAACUACAACUAACGUGUGUCGUCAGAAAUUCGCAAGAGAGAGCCGGAGAGAGUUCAUUUGUUUAUUUUAAUGUUAUUAUUUCUUUUAUUUACGUUUUGUUGUAUGUAUGGUCUGGUGUGAAGAGUGAACUUCUUACAAUCUCUUAUGGAGAAGGAUGCUCCUGAAUCACCUAAGGAGGUAAAGACAUCUUUGGAACAUGGCGCGGCUCCUCAAAUACAGGUGGACAAUACAAAUGAGAAGAAAACAACAGAUGAGAAGGAAACAACGGAUCCACCUCCUGCUACACCUCCCAAGAAGGGAGCUCUUGUUGCAACUGAGGAUGAUAGGCCUCCAGAAGAAAAGGAGGACCCCACAGCAACACCUUUGGAGGAGAAGGAAGAUGAUGAGAUGAUGAAGCCUACAGAUGAGAAGAAAAGCAGUCCAGAUCCACCUGAAACCAUGGAAUGGCCUCAGGUACAGGAAUCGGCUGCUCUUCUCUCGGUGCGGGAAGCGAUGAUGGGAAAAGUCAUGGACGAAAACAGUUUUUUUGUUCGCGAAAAAGAACGACGAAACCGUUUCUUUGAACAACAGAUAGAACAUCGGAAACUGGAGUUGGAUCUGAGGCUCCAGCAACGCAGAGUUCUCUGGCAGCCGAAGCAGAUGGAACAGGCGGCACAGACGGAGGAGGAUUGCAGUGACUCCAAUGAAAGCCAACAAAACCUCUCGACAUUGGAGGGGGCCAUGAUGGAGACCACGGAGGAAGAUGGAACCAGAAGUGGUCAACUUGACCCUGAACGCCACAAUGGAGGAGUGGAUGAAGAAAAUGAAGCAUUGUCACAGAAAAUGUCGUCAAGUGAAGACAACAUAAAGAAAAAGCCUAAGAAGCAGUCGUUUAUUUGCUGGUUUCUGGGUUUUUUCAGGCGGAAUAAAACAAAAACAAAAAACAAAAAUAGGGAUCCAAGAUUGACUCCUGAGGAACCCCACAGGUCGUAAUCAUUUCUUCUGAGACUUUUAUCGUUUAUUUGCUGGUUUCUGGGUUUUUUCAGGCAGAAUAAAACAAACUAAUCAUCAUCCAUUAUAAACUAAGUACAGCACAUGACAAGUAUAAACAACAGGGAUCCAAGAUUGACUCCUGAGGAACCCCACAUGUCGUAGUCAUUUAUUCUGAGACUUUUAUCAAUUCUAACAGUAGUUCCUCUCCGAAAGAUAGGACUUAAACCAUUUUAGAGCACUUUUACAGAGUCCCAAAUAGUUCUCUAACCUAUGUAAUCAGAUCACAGGGUCAACCGUGUCGAAAGGCAGCGCUCAGGUGUACCAGAACUAAAACCAAGACCUUGCCUGAAUCUGUGUUCAAACAAAUAGUACUGUGGUGGGGCCUAAAUCCUGUAUGUAAUCCAACACAUUGUUAGAAAUCGAAAAAACUGUUUAUUUACAAAGUUUUGUAUACCAAGAAUGUCAGGUUUUCAUAUUUGGGUUCGAUUUAAUGCUGUUGCUAUGUAUGGAGUAUUUUAACGUUAUGUAGUUGCUAUCAUUAUCCGCACGGGGGUGCUGUUGCUCUGUAGUUUCUGUUUCGAGACCUUUUCGGUGGCAGUUAAGAUUCCACGGUGGGUAUGUCAAGAUGAUAAGAUAAGAUAUGCUUUUAUUCGUCCCUCAGUGUGGAAAUUUUCAGUGUAUUGAUAAAAAAAAUGUUUUAUUUAUACGACCUAAUUUAUAUAGGCAGAUCUACAGUCGAUUCCUUAAGAGAACUCUAUCUAAUAAUAUCGAUUAAAUGUUGUGGAAUAUAUAAAAUAUAACAUAAUAUAUAACAUUAUAAUUAGGUUAGACUACAUCACGCGUAGUAAAUUGACUAAAGAAGACACAAUAAAUAGACAAAUUAAGUUGUCGAGUUUCCAAAUUCAACAAAGUUUUUUUUUUAACACGGGGCUUCCCCCUGUGAAUAAUGAACCAAUAAAAUACUAGUAUACACUCUUAAACCCGCCUCUGUAUGGUUGCUAUGCCUACUUCAAGGUUUCUGUAUGAGUGACAGGUUAUCCAGCCAAUCAUUGCGGAACUGGGCGUGAAGCGGGAGUGCACACUGGAGAGUUGACUUGCCUCGCGCAUUUCUACUACAACCACCAAGGGUUACCUACGGGUGGUUGGACGGCGGCUGUCGGAAGACUGGAGAUGGAUAAUGCUAUAUAAACGUCUACGGAGAAAUCUUCACAGAACGCUGUCAGUGCAUGCUGAGUGACGAUGGCUUUCUUUCAGAACAACUUCUGGGGGGAGAAGAAUGCCGGCUUUGACGUGCUCUACCACAACAUGAAGCACGGCCAGCUGGCGACCAAGGAGCUCGCCGAGUUUGUUCGUGAGAGAGCUGCCAUUGAGGAGACCUACUCCAAAUCCAUGGGAAAACUGGCAAAAAUGGCCAGUAAUGGAAGCCCACUGGGGACUUUUGCACCAAUGUGGGAUGUGUUCAGGGUGUCUUCUGACAAACUGGCUCUCUGCCAUCUUGAACUCAUGAGAAAGAUGAACGAUCUCAUCCGGGACAUCAACAAGUACGGAGACGAGCAGGUCAAAAUUCACCGAAAGACAAAAGAAGAGAUGGUGGGGACACUGGAGGCGGUGCAGGCACUGCAAGUUCAGAGUGGCCACCUUCAGAAGUCCAAAGAGGGUUACCAUACCAAAUGUUUGGAGCUGGAGCGUAUAAGGAAGGAGGGAGCUCCACAGAAAGAGCUGGAGAAAGCAGAGCUGAAGUCCAAGAAAGCCGCAGAAUCGUUUGCACUGUGCAUCGAGAAGUACAAUCGAGUGGGAGUGGAGUUUGAGCAGAAGAUGAAUGAAUCCACCCAGCGAUUUCAGGAACUAGAGGAGGGCCACUUGCGGCAGAUGAAACAGCUGAUAAAAGGUUACUCCCAUUCCAUAGAAGACACCCAUGUUCAGGUCGGGCAGGUCCAUGAGGAAUUUAAGCAAAAUGUGGAGAACAUUGGCAUUCAUGAUCUCAUCCAGAAAUUUGCAGAGCUAAAGGGCACCGGCAAGGAGAGGCCAGCUCUGAUUGGUUUUGAGGAGUACAUGACUCUAGCACCCGAAGGCGGGAAAAAGAGUCGAGCAAAAGCCUUCAGGAUCCCUGGCCUGGGCAAGAGGGACAAGGAGCCAGACUCUGCGGAUUCACCUGUAACAGAAGCUCUGAAUUCACCCUUAGAGGUAGACGAUGAAGGAUUUGUGAUACGAGCCGACAGCACUCAGAAUGGCUGCUCUGAAGACAAGGAGCACAACUUCUACUCCAGUGACUCCGACUUUGACGACGAGGAGCCCAAGAAGUUCCACAUCCAGAUAAGACCGGUGGUCAAAAGCAACCGCAGCAGCGCCGCAGCCAGCGAGAAGGAGCUAAAAGCCACCGUGGGGACUCUCACGCUGCCACCCAACAGACGGGCACAGCAAAGCGUGACUGUGAAGCGACAUCUCUCCAGAAACUCCAGUACAUCUGGACGGACAGAAGAUGGUGAGGGCACCCCCCCCAGAGAUGGUGACCAGGACGGCCUGUGCAGGUCCGCUUCAAGUCCUGAACCCAGCAGGUUGAGUUCUGCAGCAUCCGGUGCCGACAGCCUGUUUGGACCUCCGCUAGAGGCAGCCUUCAAAUCCAAAAGUUUUGGCGGUCGGGAGCAACUCCGGGAGCAGAGUUCUUUCGGUGCCUCUGAAUACGCUGCCUUUUCAUCAGACUCCUCCUCACCAGACAACAUUGAGGACUCUGGUUUGGACUCGCCUUCCCUUCAGCCACUCGGACCCUCUCCCGAGCCAGUCGGCUGGGCAGCAUGGCCUCCUGUUUCCCAGAGUAAAGAACAGACUCAAACACGAGCCCGAACUGCAGAUCCUUUCCUCUCAGUCUUCUGUGAACCCUCCCCUGCUCAAAGUCCUCAUCCACAGGACGAGCCCGUAAGCGCCUGGUCCGUCGGUCCAUCGCAUUCCGCUCGUCACCCCUCAGAUAUGGAGUCUUCCUCCACGCGCUUCCCAGCUUUCCCGCAAUCCUUCCCCUCGUCGGAGAUGGACGCAGAGGUAUGGAACUGCAGACGCGUCCCCGAGGAUCCCUUCUUUGCUGCUUUUGACAGCAACGUCAAACACGAGACCUCAAAGCCGGCUGACGCCUGGCCACGUCAGGCUCCACGCCCGGUCCAGGACGGGCGGAGUUCUGAGGUGCGAGGGGAUCCGUUCUCCGUCUCUGUCGCCGACACCAAAACCCUUCCGCCCCCGUCUUCCUCUUCUUCGUCCUCCAACUCCUCCAAUCGUAAAAACAGAGACCGGAAACGAGAUCGAAGUUUACCGCCACCGAUUACUUCUGAUGACCCGUUUGCAAUCACCAUGAUUGGCAGCCCCACCCACCAGUCAUCAAUGACCGCGCCACCAGGAAUAGUCCCUCUUCGUAGCAAUGGUAGCACCACCAGCGGCAACAGGUUCGGGUUUGACACCAGUCCGGGUUCUUUAUCCCAAUCCCAGCCGAAGAAGGAGGCGGUACACUGGAACUCUGUCCACAACCCCUUUAGCGAGAGCACCUCCGGAAAACUGAGCGGCUCCAAACCAACUGAAGGCGCAGCGGGAAAGGGCGACGCGGCGGGAGAGAGGAGAAAACAUCGAUCUUCAGAGAGCGAGCCUCGCCGAAACGCUCCUCCACUCACACGACAUUCAGGCCCGCAAGAAGAUCUUUGCUUCUCCACGGACAAAGACCAAGACUGUCUCGACCUCGGCACUCCGCUACCUUGCAGUAUCGUCUCUCACAAAGGGUCCAAGCACACCUUCAGAAAUGAUAGCGAAAGCGUAAUCACAGCUGCUCUCUCCAGAGCGACGAGGACCAAAAGGAGCGCAGGUCGACUCAGCGGCAACGACCGAUCACGGUCGCUGUGCUCUUCGCCGCUGCCUGAGCCCAGCCCCUCCCUCACCACCUCCUCCUCCUCCUCCUCCUCCAGCCCGAGCGAGUGGGGGCCCCAAGCCAGGGACGCCGAAUGGGGAGGGCAGAACCGAGCCCCCAGCCCCGCCAGGGUGGGACAAGCCUCGCCUCUGCCCUACCCGCUCCAGGACCACCCACCAAGACAGUUGCACCUGUCGCGAGGACCCAGUCCCAUUUCCCUCAGCGCCCAGGAGGCGUGGCCUGUGGCGGCGGCCAUCACCGAGUACAUCAACGCUUACUUCAAGGGCGGACAACACAAUCGCUGUCUGGUGAAGAUCACAGGCGACCUGACCAUGUCCUUCCCAGCGGGAAUCACUCGCAUUUUCACAGCCAACGCCAACGUUCCCGUGCUCAGUUUUCGUUUGGUCAACAUCUCCAGGAUAGACCACUUCCUGCCUAAUCAGAAACUCCUCUACAGCGAUCCUUCCCAGAGUGACCCGGAUGCCCGGGACUUCUGGUUCAACAUGCCGGCCCUGCAGCUCCACUUGCAGCGGGAAGCCGAAGCCAACCCCCAGGCUUCCUACUACAACGUCGGACUACUCAAGUAUCAGGUCUCCUCCCAGGACCCGGCCAGGGCCCCCCUCCUGCUGUCGGCAGAGUGCCAGCGAAGCGGCACGGUGACCAGGGUGUCUCUGGACUACCACUGCUGUCCUGUGACGGCGCCUUCCACUCAGCUCAACGCCGUCCAGGUCCUGCUGCAGCUGGACCACACUGCCGCCGACCUGCAGUGCCAGCCGCCCGCCUCCUGGAACGCUGAGGAAAGGCGUCUGCUGUGGAAGCUCUCCAACCUUUCUCCCACCAACCACAGCAAAGGCUCGGGGACCCUGUGUGCCAGCUGGCAGUGUUUGGAGGUCCCCCACGGGCCCCCACCCAGCCUGGCUGUUCAGUUUGUGGGCUCCGGGGCCUCGCUCUCUGGCAUGGACGUGGAGCUGGUUGGCAGCCGCUAUCGCAUGUCGCUGGUCAAGAAGCGAUUCGCCACAGGGAAGUACAUGGCGGGUUGCAGCUUGUGAUGUUUGCUUCCAUCCAUCUUACCCGGAAUGUUGCAGCAUCAAGACGACGUCCUGGAGACGAGGCACAUUGUGCCAACAAGCACUUAGUUCUGACUGUGUUUACUGCUGUUUUAGGACCAAUCUUCUUCUUCUUCUUCUUCUCCAUUUUCACUCACGUCUCUCGUCUUUGUUCUGGAGGAAAAGUUCUUUGUUUUCUUCUCGUGCCUUUUUGUUUACCAGACUGCAAACCAAGCUAAAAGUCCGUUACAGGGAAGCAUGUGAUUAAUAAGUUAAAUGACCGUCACGAAUAUCCUAAAUGACUAAACAGGGUUGUUAGAUCUUUUAAACCUUUAAAAAAAAAAGCAAAUGUUUGUAUAUCUGCUACAAAAAAAAAGGAUUUGUGAUGUUGAUAUUUGAUAAAGAAAUUACGCAAGA